GAAGAGUUGCUGCCAAAUGUGAUAUUAAUAAAGUUUGACUUUUUUUUCGUUUUUUUAUUCAUUUAGUAGUUUAUGUUUUAUUUUUUUCUUGUAAAUAGAUUGAUGCAAGAAAUUUAGCUAUUAUAUUUGGACCAACAUUAAUUUGGGAUUCAAAAGCAUCAUUACAAUCAAAUCUUGUUGAUAAUCCAGAAAAAAUUCGAAUUAUUGAAUCAUUUAUUUUAUAUGUAUGUUUACAUGUUUUUAUUAUCAUCUUCAAAUGUUAA